GAGAAGAGAAGAGAAGACAAGAGAAGAGAAGAGAAGAGAAGAGAAGAGAAGAGAAGAGAAGAGAAGAGAAGAGAAGAGAAGAGAAGAGAAGAGAAGAGAAGAGAAGAAGGGUUAACCAGGCUGAAUUAGGAAUGAAAUAUCCUUCUGCUGCUCAGAGUAAAUCUCUGUUAGAUAUGGAAGUAGCUAACUACUGUGAAGGCCUGGAUCCCUCAUACAGUACACUGGGCUUUGAGAAUGCAGAGGUGCUCUAUGGAGGAGGAGACAACAUGCCGACAGAGCCGAGCCUGCCUGGUCCCGAUGGGGUCAGCAGUAACUGUGCGAUCUGUGGAGACAAAGCUACUGGGAAACACUACGGAGCUUCCAGCUGCGAUGGAUGUAAAGGCUUCUUCAGACGCUCCAUACGCAAGAACCACAUCUAUACCUGCAGGUUCAGCAGACAAUGCAUUGUGGAUAAAGAUAAGAGGAACCAGUGUCGUUUCUGCAGACUCAACAAAUGCUUCAGAGCUGGCAUGAAAAAAGAAGCUGUACAGAACGAGAGAGAUCGGAUCAGCUCCAGAAGAAGUAUCCCCGACUCCCAAGACCUGCCACCCAUUACUAUUUUGGCCCAAGCAGAAUCACUGUCUCAACAGAUCACUACUCCGGUUGGAAUGGCAGACAUAUCAGAGCAGAAGUCAGGCACUGUGGGGGAUAUAUGUGAUUCUAUGAGACAGCAGCUAUUGGUGCUGGUGGAAUGGGCCAAAUAUAUUCCUGCCUUUGGAGAACUGCCACUGGAUGACCAGGUGAGCUUGCUCAGGGCUCAUGCAGGUGAACACCUCUUGCUCGGGGUUGCCAAAAGGUCAAUGCCAUUCAAGGACUUCCUGCUUUUAGGUAAUGGCUGCGUGAUCCACAGGAACAGUCCAGAACCAGAGAUAUGUCGGGUAGCCAAUAGAGUGCUGGAUGAGCUGGUCCAGCCCUUCCAGGAUAUUCAGAUAGAUGACAACGAGUACGCAGCUCUCAAGGCCAUUGUCUUCUUUGACCCAGAUGCAAAGUCUUUGCGGGACCCUUCGAAGAUUAAGGCUAUGCGACUGCAGGUUCAGAUGAGUCUGGAGGACUACAUUAAUGACCGUCAGUAUGACUCCAGGGGUCGUUUUGGGGAGCUGUUACUCCUGCUGCCCACCCUGCAGAGCAUCACCUGGCAGAUGAUCGAACAGCUCCAGUUCAUUAAGCUCUGUGGCCUGGCCAAGAUAGACAACCUGCUGCAUGAGAUGCUGCUGGGAGGACUAACAUCAGAGCCCACACACCUGCACCACCCAGCACACACCCAGCUGGCCCAGGACCCUGUGACUGGGCACACACUGGUCAUCAGCACCGUGCCUGUCGCUCACACUCCGCAAAUAGCCUCUCCAGACACUCCCAUCCCGUCACCUCCUCAGGGUCCUGCCCCGGAAAUGUACAAACACUUUCCCCAGCCUCUUUGUCCUCCAACCAGCCCCUCGCCGUCCACACAGACCGACCUCUGACUCCUUCCUGCACUCUGUCAAAGAAUCCGACAUGGGAUCAGCUUCCUUGCCCCCCCGUUCAUUAUCCCUGGUCAUGGUAUAAAAAAUUAUGACAGCAGUCUCUAUUCAGUGUCUGUGGUUAGACUUCACCCUUCUUCUUUCUGCUGUGACUCCUGGUGUGGCUGUAACAAUAGCUUAGGCAUAAUGAAAGCAGCAGCUAUGUGGAGCUUUUGCGGGUUUCUAUUUUCCCACAUGAGCGUUAAGGUAAGCACAGUUUUUGUGCAAUUUUUAUCUGCUGCAAGUUCUUUUUUUUCUCUUUUUUUUCUUGUGUAUCUGCGCCUGUUAUUGUUUAUUUCCCAGCACUACAGAAGCUCAAGCUCAGGGUAUUCUGACAUUUUCUUGCACUACGUGGCACAAUGUAGUUCUGGUGCUCAUUUAGGCACAAAAAUUGCAUUCAUGUUAAAACCUACCCACAGCACGCUGUAGCUGUAGUCAUCGCACAGCAGCUACAGUCUCUGAUGUGUGGGGAGUGUUGUGUUUAAUUUGCAAAGAUGGCACAGCAGAAACUUUAUUAAUUAUUUAAGUCUCCCGACAUGGCAGCAGGAUCCGUCAUGUAAGGGCAUGCUCUCACACUAGAGCAUUAUUGCUUACAGAUUACAAGUUCAGCUGUAAAAUCAUCUUGGAGUAAUGCAGCCGUGCCCUGGAUGAGUCCUGAGCUCCAUCAAAUAGCUACAUACAGGCAUUUUUGUUAAAAACAAAAGUCCAAACUCUGAGUCCAAAUCAUUAGCAAUAACCUACUACAUAUUUGCUCUUGUUGCUUCCAUUUCUAUAUACCGAGAACAAAUACAACAUGUUGGUAGAACACUAUAAAACAAGUUUACACAUGUGAGGUAUGGAGUCCAGUGUAGAGGUGUGAAAACUUGGAAGGAAAAGACUCCUGGAGAGGUUCAGAUGCACUCAUCUGUUACCUGUGAUUGUCUCUAAAUCAAUUCCAGACCUGCACCAUUGAUAUAAGACCUGACCUGACCCACAAUUAAAUAUGGAGUCAGAGCUGCAUGUUGGGGAGUGAAGAUAAAAGCUUGCAGUACAAAAUGGCACAAUGGCAAAUAAAUGUCCAAAAAAUUAAAACACUAUUUUUUUUCUGUGGAUUUCUGUCUGCUCAGACCAGCUGGAUACCAGCAAAUGAUACACAGGCCUCUACUAAAUGCACACACUUUACGCAUACAGAGCACAGGGUUGAUGUCAAUUCAUUAUGUAAACCUCCUGACAAGUCACUAGGAUUUAGCGAUAAUUAGCCUCAUGCAAUGUAUUUCCAAAGGAUAUGAGGACUGUUUGAUGUUUUGUUUUGCUCAGUAAAUUAGGUCUGAUAUUUCACAAAGACCCUUGUUUUCUCUUUAUUUUGUUUAUGCUACUUUUAAGACAUAAUUGAGUCUAUUUAAUUAAAUGCACAGCCACAACCGGCUGUACUGAUACUCCUGCAGCAGCAGCACCAAUUAUCUGCCAGUUCAUUCUGUAACUUACACUGCCAAAUAUUGCAUAUUAAAAUGUGGGAUGUCAUGUUUUUAUUUUUUCAUUAUUUUGGAAUUUUAAGCACUUCGCUUCUCUCUCUGAGUUUCUUUCACUUUGUUGCACUUGUUGCUUCUUUUAAAGGGGAUGAGAUGAGAUAAUUACAAACAAAAUUUGCUCAUCACACCCAGUUGUGUUUGUGUCUGGGAUAUUUCAGCAAAAUAGAGCCCUUAAACUUUACUAUAUCGCUUCAAAUGAAGUGGAAAAAUGCGGCAAACACUAAACUAUGGUUUAGCUAAACAAGAUAUGCUUCUUUGUAGUCACUUAAAACUACCAUAGUGUCAUUAAGGCACAUCAUUGUAGACAUGUGGCUUAUGGACAUGACAGUGUUCUAAAAUUUUGAUCUUGGGUCGGUUUAAACUGUUGAUUUUAUUACUUAGUGCUUUGUACCUAAGUAUUAAAAUAACACUCACUGGACUGGGCAUAAUGAGCCUGUCUAUUGAAUUCCAGAGAUCUAAAAUAUAAAAAUACAUAAUCAGAUGUUUCUGAGGAAACAGCAAUGGAAUAAUUAAUUUAAAACUGUCAAAAAAUUACAGCUGCUGAAAGUAAAAGUUUCAGCUGGCUAUCAAAUAAGGAAUGAAUACAGUGUUUUGUUUAGACAGUAUGCAUCAGAAGAAACCUCUAAACUAAGAUCUAAGAUCAGUUCUUUUGUUUAAUCGAACCACAGAAACGUGUUUUUGUUUGUUUGUUUGUUUCACAUUUUCAGGAUUUUUAUCUUUUAUGAAGGAAGUAAUUGACAAUUAAAUUACAAAACAAAAAAUACUGUUGUUGGCAUUUGAUACUGAACAUAUACAUAUGUGUGUGUGUGUGUGUGUGUGUGUGUGUGUGUGUGUGUGUGUGUGUGUGUGUGUGUGUGUGUGUGUGUGUCUGUGUGCGUAUAACUUACACAGUGAUGUGUGCAUUGUCCUAAUGGAAAUGAAUAGCAGCUAAAACAUAUAAAUACUUUUGAACAACGAUCAACAUCACAGAAAUUCUUGAUGAUGUCAUGUUAAAUGCAUAAAUGAAUAUGGAUAAACUGUAGUAUUUAACUUGCUGUACAUAGUGAAAUGAAUGAUAGAAAAUAUCUAAAUUAUCAGACUGGUUUUCUCACUUUAUUGAUUGAAAUGCUUUUUUUUGGUUUGUGUUGAUAACAUGUACAUUUCUUAAUUUAUGUAUUGAUUAAACAAUUUUGAAGAAGUGAUGAAACAA